GUGGGAAGAUUAGGAAAAUGUUGGUUUGUUGCGACCAAAGAGAAAAGGAUAAAAGUUGAUAGCAUGCAUAAUUCAAAUGAAGCGAAAGUUUUGAUUGCAUUAUCAGCUGCUUUCAGACACUUGUGUGGUUAUGAGUAAAACUCAUUAAGAACAGUGUGCAAAUAAAGAAAAUUAAUCAGAUCAAACUGUUUUCAAAACUGCAUACUUACGUUUGAUCGCGAAAUAAGUUCGAAUUGCUUAGAUCAGUGACAUAGACUAUCAAUCUUAAUGAUACAUGAAGAGUAACGAAGUGAAAAAGAUAAUCAACAAACUUUACUCAGCACAACAAGCAAUUUCAUAUGAUGCAGUAGAAAGUGAACUGAAUGUGAGAAGACGUUUCUUGGAACGGUAACAUUGUGUACACGAUAACCUCAGAAAAGAAGCUUUGAUAAACAAAACAUAAUGCGCAGUAAAUGGAAAAGGAAAUUGUACUUUUUAAUGAACCCACGAAGUGAAGUAGAGGAAAGCGAUGAAAAAGACUGUGAAGAUGAAAAUAAAUCUAGUCAUAUUCAAACAUUCUGGAACAUAUUUAAUGCAAAUCAGGGCGUCGCUGUACUCACAAUGCCUUUUGUCGUCAAAUGUGGAGGUUGGUUGGCAUUACUGAGUAUUGCAGGUGUCGCAGUGAUUUCAAACUAUACCAACAAGAUUCUAGUGAGCUGUCUUUAUGAUUACAACAAAAAUGGCGAGAGAUAUCGAGCAAGAAGCAGUUAUUUAGAGAUAGGAGAUGCUUUCUCUGGUCGUUAUGGUCGAACACUGGUUCAUUUUGCACAAAUCUUUGAACAAAUGUCUUAUUGUACUUUGCUCUUGAUUCUAAGUGGUUCAAUUCUCGAGAAAUCAUUUCCUCAUAUGGGCUUGCAGCGCAGCGAUUGGACAGCGGUUGCUGCUAUAAUGGUCCUACCCAAUGUUCUGUUAAAGUCAGUCACCGAUGUGUCAUGGGUAAGCUUUCUAGCAGUUCUUAUUGGUCAAGUGGUUUAUACAAUUCUCACUGGAUUUUGCUUGUGGCACCUUCAUCGCUGGGAAACAAACGCAGUACCAGAGUUUGAUAUUUCGCAAUAUGGUGUAGCAGUAGGAAUUAUUGUUGUAAGUUAUGCAUCCCAACCUUACAUGCCAGCUAUAGAGGACAGUAUGACGGAACCUUCACGGUUUCCACAAGUUAUCAAUGUCGCCUAUCUAGCCAUUACCGGAGUAAAGAUGGGUUUUGGAAUUAUUGGUUUUUUAACUUUUCAAGAUCAAACGAAGCAAGUCAUCACAAGAAAUAUUCCACAUGGAUUUUUACAUCUGCCAAUCAAUGUUCUAGUGUUAGGACUGGCAUUGAGUUCAUACACUAUUCCAGUGUAUACUGUUUUUGAUCUACUACAGGAUAUCAAUACCUCCUGGUUUCCCUUAGCAACCUUACUCGAAGGCUCUGAUAGGCUAACACAAAUCACGUUGAUAACGCUAAGAUGUUUCGUUAUUUCGCUUACUUUACUAACAGGUGUAAUCAUUCCACAUUUUGGAUUGUACAUGGCUCUUGUGGGUAACUUUACUGGAAUGUGUUUAGCGUUCAUCUUUCCUGCUAUUUUCCACAUGAAGAUUUGUUACGAUCGUUUGGAAUGGCAUCAUUUUACAAUUGACACGCUGGUCGCAUUGUUUGGGAUUUUUGGCGCUGCUAUUGGUUGUCAUUUUUCGAUCCUAGCAUUGCUUGAGGCAUAUAAGGAUGACUAAGGAUUUCAUAUGAUAAUAACCUAGGAAACGUAGGAUCGCAAUCAAUGUAGGCAAAUGUUUCAAAUUAACAAUAAAGAUAAUAGAUUUACUAUUAAAAA